GUCUGCAAAAACUCCUUUUUUUAUUAGCAGCUUUUAAAACGUCACAUCUGUUUUUAACUAAACCGAUAAUAAUGUGGCGACAAGCUCUCAGACGUGACUAUAUUCAUAAAAUACGUUUUUAAAAUAGUUUUUAAUGUAAAUGUGUCGGAGAUUCUCAAUUAUUGGUCUGUUAUUGAAGCAGAAGCUCUUGCGCGCGUAACUGCUGCGCGCUCCCUUUGAAGUGUCACCUUUGAUCAUUUCCGCGUGCAGCACGUGGCGGUGGGUGUGUCAUUGAGCUGAUCUGACCAAUAGCUGCACGGCGCUGGAGUGAUUGACAGAAGAUCGGUGGGUAUAAAAGCACCUGCAGCGCUCAGUGAUGAGAGAAGAAUCGAGAGGUGAGUCGAAACUUUAUUCGUAUUUCUUUGAACGCUUAAAACACGCUUUUCUGUGGUGGAUAUGUGCCAGUAAUAUUAAAACAGCGCUUUACUUCACUUUUGUUCUUUGAUAAUGUUAAAUGAAAAUAUUAGGUAUAUGUGUGCAGGGUCAGAGGUCAUGUUGUCUGCUGUAAAGCUCGUGUUCUGCUGCCUCGCGCUGAUACCAUGUUUGUUUGAGGCAAAAUCCCUGAUGAAUGUUAUCAUCAAACAGGAAGAUGUUGCUCCAGUGAGUAUCGACUCCAACAAGGCACAUGAGUUCCUGUCCAGUUCUCGACACAAACGCAACAUCGAUCCACGCUGGCACAGACAGACUCCAGAUUUCCAGGCAUAUUACAGAUAUUACAACAGCAUCGGACACACAGAAGGGUUGUAUGAGAUUGACCGGAUCAGGAUGUUGUAUCAACAGAUGAGGCACUUAGAAAAUGUUUAUGGUCCAAAUGCGUCAUACUAUCAGAGUAAACUUGGUGUUCCGGCUCUUCCGCCACUCCCCAAAUGUGAUCCGGCCAAAGACAAGACCUGCAAACCACCUCCACCCGCGAAAGCCCCGCCCCCAGCGGCAGUUAAAGCUCCUACCCCACCCCCUCUCGAGCAUGCGGACGUGAUAUACCUGUGCAACAACAAAGACCCCCUGUGUAAACCUCACAUCGUUUAUAUGCCCACUGGUGCUGUACCGGUGCUGUGUGACCCGCGAUACCACCCCACCUGCAAGCUUCAGGGACCGCCCCCUCCUGCACCUCCACCCACAAAAUCAGAGCCGCCCCCUCCACCCGCACCCAUCCUCUAUAAGGGGAUGGAAUACGACUGUGACCCGUACUGGGAUCCCGACUGCCUCAUCGAUCAACCGCCACGGCCCAUCAAAGUUAAAGCCCCACCCCCAGUGCCCAUAAUGGAAGAAGAGGAGGAGGAUGAGGAGGCAGAGCCAGCCCCGCCCCCACCCAUCGUUAAGAAACACCCACAUCUGUAUUACGGCCGCCUUCAUCCCUACAAUUACCAGUCUGAACUGUUCGACCCGCUGCGAUACGCAUAUCCUUCUGCUGACACGACAGAUGUAAAAUAAAGAUAAUGUUUCUCCUACAGCGCACGCACAUUUACACACGAUAAUAUCUAUGUGUGUGUCAUUUGGGUAAUACAUUGGCAAUGUAAAGGUUAACAUCUGAUAAAGUGUAAAACAUCACUUCUGAAUCCACACAGAGGUGAAUCUUCAUUGUCCAAACUCUUCACUGUGUGUUCUGAUUCAGAUUGUAAAGUUAAUAAAAGCGGUUGAGGGUUUAUGAUGCUGUUUUAUACAGUGUGUCUGUCUGUUUUUUGUUCACUCAGCAGGUUUGAGCCUCAUUAGUUUCAGCUUCACAGCUGUUUGUGUUUAAAGGUUUUUCCAGACACUCAGCAUGAACACACUAUAAACACACAAACAUGAACUCACACAGACAUAUAAAACACACAU